AUGCGGUGGACGUCGCGGCUCUCCUUUCUCGCCCUCUGCGUCGCCCUGCUGGCCCUCGUCGCGGUUGGCCAGCAGCCGCCUAGCCGUCAUGCCCGUCACCGUCGGCAGAUACUAAGCGGCGGAGACUCUCCUACGAACAAUGGCAACGACAAGCUGCCGCUGCCCACGUCCGGCUCGGACAACAAGAGCAGCGACGAGAACAAGUCGACGCCGUCGCCGACCUCUGACAAGCCGUCUACUCCUCCUCCAUCUCCUACCUCAGACAAGCCGACCUCUGAGCCGCCCACUUCAGACAAGCCCACGCCAACACCACCACCAACCUCAGACAAGCCUACGCCGACUCCUACCUCGGAGCCCAACACGCCUACAACUCCUCCUCCAUCUCCUACCUCCACGCCCACGGACGCGCCGCCAUCGCCAACCGGAAACCAGCCUAGCAGCACUCCCCCAGCUCCAACAAACGACAAUCCUUCCAGCAACCAGCCGACUCCGAAGCCCACGUCCACCCCAAAGUCGACACCCAAGCCCACCACCAUCAUCAUCACCCAGACAUACACCAACAGUGAUGGCUCCGUUACCCAGUCGACCAUCUCGAGUGUCUCCACUCCUCCACCAGAGCCGACUGUUGGUGACGGUGGGAACGGUGGCAGUGGCGGUGGAAUGAGCCCUACCACCCGCAACACCAUCAUCGGUGUUGUUGUCGGUGUUGGCGGUGCCAUCAUCCUCGGUGGUCUAGCCAUUGUCUUCUUCAGAUUGCGACGCAAGAGAAACGCCAACGCUGAUAACGAUGAUGAUGACCUGAUCCAGACUGGAGCCGCUGUGGGUUCCCAGACCCACGAGGCUCCUGGAAGUAGCCCGUUCAAGUCCACUCUCGACCAAUACCACAAGCCAGGAGCAGUCAACCCUGCCUCAAACUUCUAG